UCAGUCAUUGGCUCCCUGCGGUUUCCUUGGGGACGUGGCGCCGCCGCCCGCCCAAGGUUUUUUCCGGCUGGACUAAAGGCCUUGGGGAACCGCUCUGGACCGAGCGGAACGGUGCCAGGGGAGACUGCGGGACUCUCGACCCGCUGCAGACUUAGGAGAUGCCUGAGACAAGGAGACCCAUUUCUCAGGGCAAAAAGAAAAGGAGGUGACAGGCACUGAGACCACUGAAGGGAUCCCAUGGCUAGGAUCAGUUUUUCCUACCUCUGCCCAGCCUCCUGGUACUUCACUGUGCCCACAGUGAACCCAUUUCCCCGCCAGAGGGUGGCAUUCCUAGGACUCUUCUUCAUAUCCUGCCUCCUUUUACUUAUGUUAAUCAUGGACUUUCGACAUUGGGGUGCUUCAUUGCCACGAGAUAGGCAAUAUGAAAGGUAUUUGGCUCGAGUAGGGGAGCUUGAAGCAACCAACACUGAAGACCCAACUCUAAAUUACGGACUUGUCGUGGAUUGUGGCAGCAGUGGCUCCCGGAUUUUUGUUUAUUUCUGGCCAAGACAUAAUGGCAACCCCCAUGAUUUACUGGACAUUAAGCAGAUGAGAGACCGCAACAGCCAACCAGUGGUUAAAAAAAUCAAGCCAGGAAUCUCUGCAAUGGCCGACACUCCAGAACAUGCCAGUGAUUACCUUCGUCCUCUGCUGAGCUUUGCUGCUGCUCACGUGCCUGUGAAGAAGCACAAGGAGACCCCUCUUUACAUCCUGUGCACAGCAGGCAUGAGGCUUCUCCCUGAGAGAAAGCAGCUGGCUAUCUUGGCUGAUCUGGUGAGAGAUUUACCUCUGGAGUUUGACUUCCUCUUUUCACAGUCUCAGGCAGAAGUGAUCUCUGGGAAGCAGGAAGGAGUUUAUGCAUGGAUUGGAAUCAACUUUGUUUUGGGAAGAUUCGACCAUGAGGAUGAAUCAGAUGCUGAGGGUCCCCAGGAAUUGGCAACAGGGCGCAGAAGGACAGUAGGGAUACUAGAUAUGGGAGGAGCCUCUCUCCAAAUUGCUUAUGAAGUUCCUACCUCAGCCUCUGUCCUUUCUCCGAAACAGGAAGAAGAAGCAAAGAUCCUGCUGGCUGAAUUCAACCUGGGCUGUGAUGUGCAACACACUGAACAUGUGUACAGGGUUUAUGUCACAACCUUCCUGGGUUUUGGAGGCAACUUUGCCCGGCAGCGCUAUGAAGAUCUUGUGCUGAAUGAAACCCUUACCAAAAAUAGGUUGCUGGGCCAGAAGACAGGUCUGAGUCCCGACAAUCCAUUUCUGGAUCCCUGCCUGCCUGUGGGACUCACAGAUGUGGUGGAGAGGAACAGCCAGGUGCUGCAUAUCCGAGGAAGAGGAGACUGGUCUUCUUGCGGGGCAAUGCUGAGCCCCCUGCUGGCUCGCCCCAACACCAGCCAGGCCUCGCUGAAUGGAAUCUACCAGUCACCAAUUGACUUCAAUAACAGCGAGUUCUACGGUUUCUCUGAGUUUUUUUACUGUACAGAGGAUGUGUUACGCAUCGGUGGCCGUUACCAUGGGCCAACGUUUGCCAGGGCUGCUCAGGAUUACUGUGGCAUGGCUUGGUCAGUCCUAACUCAGAGAUUCAAGAAUGGUCUCUUUUCAUCACAUGCAGAUGAGCAUCGACUCAAAUAUCAGUGUUUUAAAUCGGCUUGGAUGUACCAAGUUCUUCAUGAAGGAUUCCACUUUCCCUAUGACUACCCACACCUGCAGACAGCCCAGCUGGUAUAUGACCGAGAAGUUCAGUGGACACUGGGAGCCAUUCUGUAUAAAACACGAUUCUUACCCCUCAGGGAUCUACGGCAAGAAGGUGUCCGGCAGGCCCAUGGUAGCUGGUUCCGUCUCUCCUUUGUCUACAACCACUAUCUCUUCUUCGCCUGUAUCCUGGUGGUGCUACUGGCCAUCAUCCUGUACCUUCUGCGGCUACGCCGGAUUCACCACCGACAAACUAGAACCUCAGCUCCAUUGGACUUGCUGUGGAUCGAGGAGGUGGUGCCCAUGAUUGGGGUACAGGUAGGGCCAUGAGGCCGGACAAGGACAUAGAAAGCUCGAGUACCCUAGGGUUGCUGCCCAUUGACUUCCACCACUUUCUUGUACCGGCCUCAGAUGCUGCUUUGCCUGACCUUGGGAUAUUUGGCCUUGGAAUUUCUACCUUAAUAUCUACUUUAAUUCCUUCUCAGUAUCCAGGUCCUCUUCUCUAAGAGAAACCGGAAUUUAGUCUGUGAAGAACUAAAUAAUGAGAGUUUGGUGCUAACAAAGAGGACCAACCUUAGUCCAACUGAAGCAUGCUUCUACUCCUUUAUCUGAGAGGUCUAGUGUGUUCCUGGCAUCUAGACUUUCCCCCCUUGCUAAAGCAUGAAGUUUGACAUUCGGCAAACUGGAAGCCUGGUUGAAACCAAAUUUGGAGCAUCUGAUACAAAGCCGAAGACAUUCCAGCAAGUGCAGCAGCCCCUUCUUUCUCUGUAACAGAGAUAUCAUUUAUGUGGAGAUCCACACCCUUUCAUAGGGAUCCAAGAUAUUUGCAUUUCGCUGAAACAGAUAUGAACUUCCAGGCAACCAAAAUAACAUAGUUUCUUUGCUUACUUGACAAAGAAGCCGUUAUGAGUGUGGUCCAAGAUCCCUGACGUAGUGUUGCUGAUGUUGAUUAUUAUAUGAUUUUAAAAGGGUUUAGAACCCCUUCUAAAUGAAUGGUCAAUCAAAGAUUUUGACAGUAUCUUAUGUGAUACCUGGUAUGACCAGGAUAGAAAACGUUUCUAUGACUAUAUGCCUCACCGGCUGUUUGGGCAUUAAUUUUUCUUUUUGAGCCUUAAGUGUGCUUGUAAGAUGGAGAAACUGAUAGGGUUGGAGAUCUGGAUUUGUCCGGUUUUAAGUCACUGUCUCUAGGCCUAUUUUUAUGAGCCCCUUUACAGGAAAACAAACAAAAAAAAGAGUUCUUUUAUUUCACUACAGUCAAUAUGUAGUUUGGGAAGGGGGGUGUAUUUGUUGUUUUUAAAGAAGGAAAGAACAAUAGUAUCAGGAGAAUGGGCAAAGGCAAUAAAAUCCAAGGUCUUAAUUUAUUAAUGUUUUCUGAGAAAUAGAAAUUUUCCCAAUUUGACUCUUUGGAAUGUCUGAAAAGAAGCAAAUUCUAAACUUUGAAAAACAGAUAUAUCUGUUAGUAAGCCACAUGGCGUCUUUCAGAACAUUUGUAAAGAGUUUGCUCAGUCACAGACCACAUUUCCAUUAAUGAGGAGAGAAGAAAGCCAUACGAUUACAUUUUAAUCCACUACCCUUCAGGAGCUUUGUUCCUCCUCUACAUGUAGCCUUUAAAUUGCAUGAGGAUUUCUUUUUCAUCAACUCGCAUCUUCCCCUAUGGGAUCUUCUUCAUACUUCAUCCUUCCCUGUAUGCAGCCUUGAAUGUCCUGCCCAAGAAUAUGCUCCCAGACUUGAAAUAGCUUUCUUUUCUGUCACUUUAUUUUUACGAUUAGAUGAGUAGAGGGAAUCAUCUCUGCCUUUAAUGGGGAAAAAGUUGGAAAUAUUAAAACAUAAAUUUCCACACUGGGAGCCAGAAGGAAUUAAAUGCCUCAUAAAACAGAGAAAAAUAAGCCGAGAUCCUCCUCGAAAUAAAUUGAGAUGAAAAUAAGUAUGCUGUUAGUUGGUAGGUGAAGAGAUGAUGAGUCUUAAAUUGUUUUCAAAUUAAAUAAAAAUGGAUCUAGCAAAAGA